AUAAAUUAAUGAUAUGUGUUAUAAUAGUUUAUAUACAGUAUCACUUUUAUACCGUUUUACAUUUUAAAGGUGCUGUAUGUAAAAUUUUUAUGCUUCUAAAGCAGUGGUCUCAAACUCAAUUCCAGGAGGGCUGCAGCUCUGCAAAGUUUCGCUUCAACCACCUCCAACUCACACCUGCUUAAUAGUCUCUAGUAGUCUUAAACACCUAGUUGGCUGUGUUUGAUCAGGGUUGGAGCAAAACUAUCCUUCCAGGAGUCCCGUUUGAGACCUACAGUAUGUUCUAAAGCAUAAAAAUACCUUAAUAUGCUAGCAGAUGUUUUUAAGAAACAAGCUAAGCGAACAUACUUGUUUGUCUGAAAAGAAAUGCUAAACAAUUUUGGUUCUGUGUCAGAAUGUCUUUCUUUGUUUUGUUAUGUGUAACUCCGUCCACUGCCAGAUUAUCCAAUUAUAUUUUGGCACACCGGGUUACCUUGGUAGAAAACAGCAUAUUUCAUUUCGAUCUUGAAGGCUUCCUCAAUGUUUUUAAAUGAGAUGCAAAUUCAGAGUUAUAAAAGUCAUCAGGAGGUGGUUUUGAAUUAAUAGAUACUACAAAUGUAAACAUUUUCUGAGCAACUUACAGUGUAAGGCUCGAUCUUCAGGCUCGCUCACUGCUGUUUGUGUUAUCAAACUGGCAUCAUGUGUGUGUGUCAUGUCAGAGGAGGAGGGGCUGUGUGAAAAAAACACUUUACCAGAUUGACUACAAAACCUUGUUCAACAUUUCUACUGUACAAACUGCACCUUUAAAGUAUAUCCUCAAAUGUGCUCAUGUGAAUGUUUUUUUUUUUUACUUUAUUUAACUUUUUCUUUUAAAGUUUAUUUAACUUUACUUAACUCAAAUUAGAUUAAAUAUGUAAAAAAUAUUAAAUUAAUAUUAAAACACUUUUUCAAAAUCUAAUGAUUACAGGCCUAGCAUAUUACAAAAAAGGAAAAACCUUCACUUACCGUUUUGGCGUGGGUUUCCUCCGAGUUCUCUGGUUUCCCCCGCAGUCCAAAGACAUGCGAUAUAAGUCAAUUGAAUAAGCUUAAUUAAUCGUAGUGUAUGUGUGUGAAUGUGUAUGAAUGUUUCCCAAUACUGGGUUGCAGCUGGAAGGGCAUCCGCUGUGUAAUAUAUUUGCUGUAUAAGUUGGCGGUUUAUUCCUUUGUGGCGACCUCAGAUUAGGAAAGGGACUAAGCCGAAGGAAAUGAAUGAAUGAAUGAAUAAAUAAAUGAAAAACUUUCAAGCUUGCAGCUUUCGAAGCAUUCUUUUAUUGUGUUUACGCUUGAUGCCAUGUGGUGGAGUGUAAGAUUGUGGUCAUCCAAAUGAUCAAAAAGUAUUACUGUAAACAAUGUAUUUUGCAACACCAUAAUGUAAAAUCAUUUUAUCUCUUCCAAUAUGUUUUGUCAUAUUGCAGAGCCCUAUUUAAGAGACUUAUUUAAACAUGAUUAAACUGCUAUUUUUGGACUAAAGUAACUAAUUUACCAUGCUAUCAAAAAUCUACUCAAAAUAGUAUGUCAUGUUAAAUGGUAUGUAUUUUAUUACCAGUAAUUCCAUAGAAUAUCAUUGCCGUGGCCAUCGCUGGUCCUUCAAAACCUCAGUACUGCAGUUUUGCUUGGGGUGAAUCUGGCUGUCUAGAACAGGAGGGAGUCAUCCCUGCAGUUGACCACCCCGUGUCCUUAUUCAAUACACAACCUAAAUUGAGAUUUAUGAUUUGUGUUUUACCUACUUUCUUUAAGUCAGUUUGAUGCAAGUUGCAUUACAUCUAAAUCCUGAACCUUACCAUAAUGGGAAUGGGGAGACACUGGUAUGUAAUGUGACUGCACCUAUGGUGACCCCAGCAUUAAAAAGCCACAAAUAUGACUUUAAAUAAAUGUUAAAGAUAACCUGGUGGUUCAAUGAGAAAUAGUAAUUAACAUAAAAAGAGGCGGGGUAUAAGAUGCUUUACUUCAAAAGAAAAAAAAUAGGCUUCUUCACAGAAAGAGGAAGUGGGGGAAAGAAUAGUUCAUGCAUGGUCAAAACAAGUCCAGUGUGAAGCUUGAGGCAAAUGAUAAACUUCUGCAGAGUGAAGGCAUAGAAAUAGAUUCAUCUAGACUUGCUUUAAGAUGUGUGCUUUUGUGACUAACUCCAAUUUCUUGCACUUCUUUUGGACAUUUGCAUUAGGUUUAAGUAUCUGCAAUGUGGUUUUAACUCGAAUAACAAAGCGCUGCAUUACUAUAGAGGAGCAUCUUCUCAAACAAAUGCCGUGGACUCCACACUGCCUCCAUUUUCCAGGAAGGGGUCCAUACGCAAACUGCAAUAUCACAGACCUGAGCACUGAUCUGUCACAGGUAGGCCUUGAGGUUAGAACCCUUUGUGUCUUUGGAGAUAUUACGAGCAUUCCUGCUAAAGCCUUUUCACACUUACCUUCUCUGGAGGUACUGCACAUAGAUGGAAUACGUCUGGAGAGAGUUCAGUCUGGUGCCUUUGAAGGACUCCCCAAUCUUAAGUAUCUGUCAAUACUUUUCAGUGAUGAUCUCUACAGAUUGGUCAAAAUGGAUAAUCGGUCAUUUGCUGGUCUGAAUAAUUUGGAGGAGUUGUCACUGACGGGUCUGAAGCUGCUCAACGGAUCCAGUGGGAUAUUUGACCCAUUGGUUAGUUUAAUCAGAUUAGACAUUGUCAGAACUUGCGCACAAGACCUUGGUGAAAUUUUCUGUCAUAUUUCAAAUGGAAUGACCCAGCUAAGACACCUGAAUGUAGAAGACAGUAAGAUUUCAACAAUUGAGAACAAAGGAUGUGCAGGGGGCUCAAAGACCUGGCCUUUGACCGCCCUUUCUGGAGUUCAAAAGCUGUAUCUAAUUGGGAACAAUAUUAAAUCCAUUCAAGCAAACUCCCUAAUUGUAUUCCAGAACCUCUCAAGUCUUUUUCUGGAGUUCGAGGGCAAGUCGCUAGGUAGCGUUUGGGAGUCUGGAGUUGGAAAAGUCAAUGAUUUGACUUUGACAGGGAAUGUAUUAAAAAAAUACUCAACAAACUUCAAAGAUCUGUGUCAUCUUGUAUCCAGUCUUUAUCCUCAAUCACUUAGCCUUGUUCAUACAUCAAUAGACAGACUAACUGCUGAGGACUUAAAGGACUGUGGGACUAAGUUGACAAAGUUAUUAAUCCAGAAUUCUAAAAUAGAUCACUUGGACUUCAGGUUUUGGAAAAGUAAGCUGGAAAUGCAGGCCCUUCAAAUGGCCCACAUGAAGUUGACAGACGCUCCGUUUUGUUUUGUUGUGAACAGCACGAUGUGGUCCUUAACCUUGCUGGACCUCACUGGAAACUUGAUUACCAAUAUUGAUGGAGACCAGUUUGGUUGUAUGCCGUUUCUCGAGCAGCUCUAUCUGAGCCAGAAUUCCAUUAAAACCCUACAGCUGCAUGCAUUUCGAGGUUUGCUUCGACUCAAAAUCCUACAGCUUGACUCUAAUAAAAUCUCGCAGCUUUCUGCCAAUGAUUUCAAAUCCCUUCUGGCUUUAGAGGUUCUGCUGAUUAACGAUAACAUCAUUGAGGCUAUAGGGACUGGAACAUUUUGGGAACAGCGAGAGCUUCGUGAACUGUCAUUUGGUAGACUGGAAUAUGUUUAUGAGUUGCAUCUAGAGUACAUUUUUUUCGAAUUUCCACCAAAGUUACAGCGACUCAGCAUCGAUGCACAUUAUGGAACUAAUAUUUACAUUGGAAAUGCAUCACCGCCCAAUGGAACGUUUGCUCUGGAACUAAAUGGAGAAAAACUGGGUUUUGUGGGCUGUGAAAGUGAUGUUUUAAUGGCAGUCCGAGAGUUGAAAGUCAAUUGCACCACUUUCCUUUGCGAGAACGUCUUCAUGGCACCUUAUUUCCUAAACCUGGAAUCUUUCGAGAUCUCAGGCGGAGCUGAAAGGGCACCUCUCAAUUACGCUACAAUCAAUAAUCUUCACCGUCUCAAGCAUCUCAAACUCGUUAGGUUGAACUUCCCCAAUUACACAGAAUCUAGGAGUGCCUUUUGGAACCUAACUCAACUCCAGACCCUAGUGGUGGUAAACUGUCAUCUUACUUUCCUGACCAAGAGCAUGUUCAGAGACCUGACCUCUCUGCAGCUGUUGCGUCUCUACAGUGACAGUCCUCUGAUCUUGACUGACGGUGUGUUUGGGGUUUUACCAGUGCUAAAAGCGUUCAUUCUGGACAGAGUAGAUUUCCAGUGCAGUUGUGAGAAUGGCUGGCUACUUGAUUGGGCAGACAGCACUGAAAAAGUGCAGGUUAUCUACUUGCAAAAGCAGCAGUGUGUCUGGCACUAUCAGAAACUCAACUUCUUGGCAACUAUGGAGAAGCUCUGCCAGACUGAUGCGCAGUACAUUUGCUAUGUAGCCACAGCCAGCAGCAUUAGUCUUCUGUUGUCGGCAGCCGUUGGAUAUCGCUUUGCUCGCUGGCCUUCAGUUGUCCUCUUCUUCCGCCUGAAAGGUUGGAUUGAGAGAAGGUUUGGUCGACGGUGGAAUAGGAGAAGAAGGAGAACGCAGGACGACUAUGGAGAGAUUGAGGAGAUGCAGUAUGAUGCUUUUGUGUCUUUCUGUAGCCAGGAUGAGGCUUGGGUUUUAGGGGAAAUGGCUCCUCGGCUAGAGGAACAAGGUAACCCAAGACUGAGGCUGUGUCUGCACAACAGAGACUUUGAGGUGGGUAAGGAUAUCAUGGACAACAUCACGGACAGCAUCCACAACAGUCAGUGCACUGUUUGUCUGAUCAGCCGCCGGUAUCUGCGCAGUGACUGGUGCGGUCUGGAGAUGCGAGUGGCCACACACCGGCAGCUGGAAGAGCAGAAACACCGUCUCAUCCUCAUCUUCCUCCAGCACAUCUCUCCUUUUGAGCUCUCUGCUUUCCAUCGUUUGGCAAAACUGGUCAGAUCCCGUACAUAUCUGGACUGGCCAGAGGAUGAAGGAGACCGAGAGCACUUCUGGGAUCGACUAAGGAGGAACAUUGCAGAAGAUUCAGAAGCUUCUUAAACUACCGGCAGGUUCCUGCUUAAUGAAUGAACACAAGGGCUGUUUUUCAAAAAGAAAAGUCUUAUUUUUAUUUCAUUUUAAUUCUGUAAUCUUUUUAUUAAAUGUUUGUUACGUAUACUGUAAUGCUUAUCAGUGUUAACAACUUAUAUUCAUGCAUUAAAAAUGUCUCUAUGACUUUCAU